UCUAUAGGAUGACAUGUCUCCAUCUUCCAUCUCGUCUGCAGGCCGGUGAUGGUCGUCUCCUCCCGGUGAGGAGGGAGAACCAUCCCGCUGCGGCGUGUCUCUUUAACACCGGAGGUUUCCUCAGGACGGGGAGGGGGAGGAGGGGGCGGGGGGAUGGGUUCAUCGGGUUCAUGUAGUAUUGGACGCCUCCCCAUCCUCCUCCUCCUCCCGGUCCAGGUUGUUGGCUGCUGCCUCCUCCACUCUCCCGCGGUAAAACUGCCACCAAACCCCGGUGUGAUGGAGAGAAACGGCACGUGGCGGCUCGAGGAGGAAAACGACCGAGUGGUGAUGAUGAUGAUGAUGAUGAUGAUGAAGGAGCUCUGAUGACCUUUGAUUCAGGACACGGAGGAGAGACCAGAUCAGCUGAUGACUCCACACUACAGCUGCCAUUUCAGGUCAUUCGAGGCAUCUGGCUGACUUGAGAGAGAGAGUGUGUGUGUGUGUGUGUGUGUGUGUGUGUGUGUGUGUGUGUGUGUGUGUGUGAGUGAGAGUGUGUAUGGGAGUGUGUGUGUGUGUGUGUGUGUGUGUGUGUGUGUGUGUGCGCGUGUGUGUGUGUGUGCGCGUGUGUGUGCGGCUCCAGCUGUAUGAACGCGGCUGCUGUGUUCUCUGCCCGUCGCGCACCGGGAUGGGGGGACUCGUCUAGCGGAGGAACACGGUCGGAGCAUGAUGGCUGAUGGAUGCUGCAGAGGGAUGGACCGCGGCCGGGGGAAGGUGGCGUCCGAGUCCCUGCAGCCGAGAGCCGCGUACCCUCCCCAGCAGUACGUGCCGAGCGGCGCGCCGCCGCCGCCGCAGCCGCAGCAGCAGCAGCCGGGCAGCGACAUCCAGGAGUUGGCCUCCAAGCGCGUCGACAUCCAGAAGAAGCGCUUCUACCUGGACGUGAAGCAGAGCGUGCGCGGCCGCUUCCUGAAGAUCGCCGAGGUGUGGAUCGGCCGCGGCCGCCACGACAACAUCCGGAAGAGCAAGCUGACUCUGUCCAUGUCCAUGGCGCCCGCGCUGCGCUACUGCCUGGGCGACUUCAUCGACUACUACGCCCGCAUCGGGCUGCGGGGGGGCGGGGGCCUGGCGCCGCCGCCGCCGCCGCCGCUCGACGAGCCGCACGGCGGCAGCAGCAACGGCCAGGGCCGCGCGCACGACGCCCGCCGGAGGGCGCCGGCGGAGCAGCGGCACGCGGCGCCGUCGCCCUCCGGCUCCGCGGUGUCCGACGACCACGCGCACCGCGUGUUGAAGAGCGACUUCAUCGAGCGCGACAACCGCAAGUACUUCCUGGACCUGAAGGAGAACCAGCGCGGCCGCUUCCUGCGCAUCCGGCAGACGGUGAGCAAGGGCCACGGCACCAUGGGCUACUACGGCCAGGGCAUCGAGCAGACCAUCGUGCUGCCGGCGCAGGGGCUCAUCGAGUUCCGCGACGCGCUGUCGCAGCUCAUCGACGACUACGGCGACGAGGACGGCGGCGACGAGCGCGGCCGAGGCGGCGGCUCGCGGAGCCUCCACGACGGCGACGACGCGCCCGAGCUGCCGGAGGCGGCGUCGUUCCGCGUGGACAACAAGCGCUUCUACUUCGACGUGGGCUCCAACCGCUACGGCGUCUUCCUGAAGAUCAGCGAGGUGCGGCAGCCGUACCGCAACACCAUCACCGUGCCGCUGAAGGCCUGGGCGCGCUUCGGAGACAACUUCGCGCGCUACGAGGAGGAGAUGCGGCGGAUCUGCUCGUGCCACAAGGAGAAGCGGGCGACGGACGCGCGGCAGGACGGCGAGGAGCAGGAGGACUGAGCCUGGCCCGGGACACCGUGUCCCCGCAGGACUCUGGGACUCGUCCCGUCGAGGGCUGGUCCGUUCAUCCAGAGCCGGUCCGAGUGCAUCUGGGGCCCUGAGCCCCUGAGGCCCCCCCCCCCCCUGUGCAUCACAACGUUUAUUCAAUUAUAAGUGACGUGGAAAGACCACUUUAAAAUAUCUUACCUCAAAGAGUUUUGGUUCAGACUCCGACCGAUGGAUCGAGUGAUGGUCAAACAUUUCCCGUACUGAUUAAUCAGCCGACAUAUUCUUUACAGAGGAGGACGUCUUUAAAGUCAAUACAUGAUUUUAAUGAUCUCAAGGCUCUUCACAUCGUGAGGUCCAGACCUUUCCACGAUGAGCAGAUUGAAAACUCCCUUUUAAUCCAAAAUUGAUGACAAAGAAAUUUAAUUGACGAUUGAUAUUUUACCUAAACUUUACUAGAAAUAACUAGAAAUAAAAAGAAAACACAAAUACAACCAAAUAUAAAGAACUUGAAUUAGGAAAAUAUCAUAGCAUCUUUUCUGCAUCGUCUAUUCCGUAAAAUAUACGUUUUACGUUAAGCACUAAUAUAUUGAUUUGUCAGAGGCUCAUCGUGUCGGACAGCAGACAUAUAUUUAUCGGUCGGGCUCUGGUGAUGAGGACGGGUUAGUUUUUAUGCAAAGUGCAAAAUUUAAGAAAUUGUACAAAAACGAGUAUAGAAUUUUAAUAAUUAUAUAUAAGUUUAAAUUGCAAGUUAAAAAUGGAACGAAUUACCAGAAGAUACGUGGAGAGAUUUGACCCCCCCUGCCCCUUAAGACCCCCGCUGGCCAUUGGGCCGGGAUUGAAAGGAACUCUUUUAAGUGCAACACCCACCGGGACCAGGAUGAGGAUGAGGAGGUGCAGGGAGCCGGAGGAGGACGAGCUCGCUGCUUCCCCAACGACCCCGCCGAUGGCGCUUGGGAAUGAGGGACAACUGGUGGUGCGACGGCAAAAUAACAGCAGACAGACGCACAAUCGUACGCUGCUGACGUGUGUAACUGUGGCAACACCGGCAACAUCAUGCGGGGGUUGACAGUGUCAG